AUGAAGAUUCUACAGCAGUAUAGCGAAAAUGGAGGUACUGACCCGAGCAGAGCAGCGUUAAAAUACCAUCCUGACCGUGUCCCUCUCACAUCUCCCGAACGACCUGAACGAACAAAGAAAUUUCAACAGGUGAACGAUGCAUAUUAUACCCUAAGCGAUAAGAACCGGCGAAGUGCCUACACUACAGCGUAUAACACUAAAACGGGCUACUUUAAAAAUGCAUACGCCCCACCACCUCAGUCGAAUGAGUACUCGGCUGAGCAGUUCGGUGACUUCUUCGAAGAGAUGCUUCGGGAGAAUGGCAUGAUGAAUGGGGGCCGUGGAGGCGUUGGAGCCGACGAUCCCGGAAGCAAAAAGUAUGACCUGAAUGUGAGCGGUGCAUGGUUUUGGUCUAUUAUGGGCGCGAUUGGAGGUGCAAUCUUAGGCUUUAUCAUUGCAAACGCCGCGGGUAUGGUGGCUGGCAUGGUGCUUGGCAAUAGAAUUGGUGCUAUAAGGGACAGAGAGGGGAGGAGUGUUUACUCUGUGUACCAAGAUCUGCCUGCAUCAGACCGAGCCAAGCUUUUGAGCCAGUUAGCUGCGAGAAUGCUUCGCUCUACUGUGUCUUAA